AUGGAAAAAGCUACUAGUACUCUUAGAAGGAGUGGUGCUUUUUUAUUGUCAUUUGGCACAGGUUAUCAAGAACUCAAUCUAAUAAUAUCUGAUUUAAAAAUUCUCAAGUCACAAUUGAAAGCAGUAAGGGAUUCACAACAAACAAUAUUUCAUGACAUAACAAAUUGGACAUGUGUCGAUGAAAAUAGAGCUUUGCAGGAAUUAUUUCUUCAUUUAUCCGAUUUAAAUGCACUGUGGAGCGAGGUUCAAAAUCAAAUCUCAGAUUUUAAACAUCAAUUUGAAACUAUUUUGGAGGGAGAACGUAAUUUAGAUGCUGCUAGAAACAAAUUUGCUAAUUGUGAGGCAUUAGAGCAAAAAGCGAGAAAAAAGUUAAAAAAAGCCCAAAAAAAAAAUUCAUCUGAAGAAAUAAGAGCUGCUGAAGCCAAAAUUGCAGAAUGUGAAAGACAAAAAGAUUUAAUGCAAGUGGAAGUUUCUGAAAAAGUUAAAGAAAAUGAAGCAGUUAAAUUAAUUGUAGUUAAAGAAGGACUUAUUAAAUUAUCUCAGGCAUACUUGGCUCUUUCUCAAAAAUGUGCUUAUAUAUUUGAAGCUCAAGCAGAUAUUGUUAAAUGCUUGCCUGAUGUUGAAGACAAGGAAAUUCAUGAAAUAAAAUUUGAUGGUUUGUCAGGUGCGAAAGAUAUUUUGCAAAGAGCUAGAACAUUGGUCAAGGAUUAUAGAAUUGUUAAUCCUCCUUCAUCUCAACAAAGAAAUACAGAUCCACCACCCCCUUAUUCACCGAAUCCUUAUUAUUCAAAUUCCCCAUACAAUCCAUAUUAUUCAAGCCCAGGUGAGACAUCUGAUACGACUCCUGUCAGAAAUGAAGGUCCUAGUGGUUUGUAUCCAUCAGUUAGGAAUGAAGAAGAAUUAGCAAGUGCAUUAAAUUCUAAAUAUUUGAUAAUAAAAAAUUUUAAUGUAGUGUAA